AUGGCAGGAUUUGUUACCGCCGUGGGCGACACGGUGCGCCCACUGCCAGCCUCGCUGGCGGCACAGGGCGGCUGCCCUGACUUGCUUGUGGACUAUUUGCUCGAGGUGUUUGAGGAGGGCGACGCCAAGGCGGUGGACACCAGCAGGCUCGCCCCAGAUGUGGACGCGCCGGGCGAGGGGUUGCCUGACGAGGCGGCGGCUGCCGGGGCAGCGCGCAGCGACGGCGCAGCGAGCAGCGGCGAGGACGGCGCGCGCAUGGCGUCUCCCGAGGCAGCGGAGGCGCUGUUCGCUGACCUGGCGGAAGUGGAGGAGACGGCCCUGCCAGCUGCUGAGGAAUGGGGGUGGCUGGGCCGCCUGAUGAGGCCGGCGGCUGCAGGCGGCGGCGCCGGCGCAGAAGCAGCGGCGGCCGGCGGUUUCGGCGGCGGCGUGGUCGUGUGCGGCGAUUGCCGGCGCAUCGUGCUGUCCGCGCGCACGGCCGUGCACGCCCAGCGGUGCCUCGCGCGGCGGCAGCUGGCGGAGCGGCAGCAGCAGGCGCUGCAGCUGCGCGCGCAGCAGCAGCAGCGGCCGUCGACGCCGCCAAUGUCAAACAUGUCAAAGCCUGCAGGCAGCGGCCGCGGCGGCGCCAAGGGCCACCAUGCAAAGGGGGGUGCCAAGCGGCCGGCGUCGACCCUCGGGCCGUACCGCGCCGCGCCGCCGCCCAGUGCCCUCGGCGUGGACGGCCGGCCGCCGCUGCCGCGCGCAGCUGCGCUGCGUGCUCAGCCCGGCACGGGCUGGCUGGUGCCGGCAUCGCCUCUGAUGUUUGGUCGCGGCGCGGCGCCGCCGCUGGAUUCGGAGCUUUCGCCGCCGCAGCGAGGCGGCGGCGCUCGCGGCGGCGGCGCGCCAGGAGGCGCGGGCGAGCUCGGGGGCGGCGGCCCGCACCCGGCGCUGCUGGCGGCGCACACGAGGAGGCGGCGGUCGGAGACGCCUGUGCGGCGCGACUGCACCAGCAGCAACAACAGCAGCAGCAGCAACAGCAGCCGCCGGGCGGUGUGA